UGUCCUCCAACUACCACCACACCCAAUCUGGCCCUUGCGCAGUCACAUAUAGACUGCGUACGCUUUACCCUGUCGAACUGGUUCUCUUUGUCUUUAGUGCUUUCUGCAGCCCUUCUAGCAGUCCACAAAGGCCCCUGCUUGCCGCUUAGACUGGCCACAACCACUAUAUUAAUUCUACUUGGCCCUAUACACGAUGGUGUUGGCAGUUUCAUUGCAACCUUUUCCUCGCUCUCAGUCCCAUUCUCUCGGCGAAUGCUCUUCGUCGUCCGAUAGCACAAUUCUGACCCCGCGAUCGUCAUUUUACAACUUCCCAAGAAGCCCUUGCACUCCGCCCGGCUCUUGCAGUCGCCCCAACUCUUUCAGCAGUAUUGACUCUGGCUACGCCAGCACCAUGGGGCCACAGUCUGAUGCCGACUCCUUGCGAAAGCGCAGCUUCAGGGGGAAACACCUCGCCCCUUCCGAUGCAGAUAUGUCCCGACCUCUCACACCCAUAAUGUACACCUCGUCAGGAGAUCUUUCGAAGCCCAAGAGGGCGUUUCUCCAGAGGAGAAAAAAGUCACCAUGUGACGUACCCUCAGAAUCAUUUCCCACGACUUCGUGGCACAGUACGAGCACAGGCACCCAGGAUGAAACAGAUUUUUCUAGCGAGGGAGACGAGGAUGUCGAAAUUAUGCAGGGGAUGCCCUCCCCUGCCAAAGCAUUUCAGGCGAAGCAUCACUUCGCCACAAGACGAGGCAUGAUCCAUCAUCCCUACCCUCCCAAUCAAGUACCUUACAUGCAAGCAUACGACCGUACCCUUCUCGAUAACGACCGUUUCUCGGAUAUUCUCUUGCAACGUCUCAGCACCAACGGGACACCAUCAUUUCUCACAUUCAACGGUAACCCACCCACUACCAUUCUUGACGUUGGAUGCGGUGCAGGGCAUUGGGCCAUUAGGGCUGCAAGACAUUGGCCGAAAGCAAGAAUAAUCGGCAUUGACUUAAUUGCUCCCUCCAACUUAAAUGACGGCAUCGCCACCCCUUCAAAUGUGGAAUGGAGGCAAAUGAACUUCGUCGGCCACCGAAUGGGCUUCCCAAGUGACACGUUUGACCUCGUGCGGAUGGCAAAUCUAUCCCUGUGCAUCCCCGUUGAAAGUUGGGAAGACGUUCUCACGGAAGUCAUGAGAGUUUUGGCGCCCGGUGGGCGCCUAGAAUUGAUUGAUGAUCAAGCCUUAUUCCCAACCGUAAAGCCUUUGGAACGCCCUCCAACUUCGCCGGCCGCCACGAGCGUUUUCCCUUCUCGUGGUCAUUCGUACAUCGAAUUCGAUGACAGCGAAUCUGAUGAUGAGAAUGAGGAGGCCGACGAUGACUUCAAGAGUACCAGGAGCUCCCCAUCCAUUCACAGCCAGGACGAAGAAUCCACGCCAUAUGAUGCCGCUUCUGAAUGGACGAGAAACGAAGCCAAUGCGACACAUCUAGAGGGUUUGUUCGCAGAGAUGCUCUGGAGCAAGUACAAGAUUCGCACAGACCAAAGAAGGAACAUAGAAGAAGUCCUGGAUAAUGUCUUCGGCCGAUACAACUCUCAGAGAGUUGCAGCGAUGAGUCUCGCCAUCGCACCCCCUGCGCCCAAUUCAGACUCAGAUCUUGACCAAGCGUCAUUGUCGAGUGGAGACAGCAAGAGCCCGAAGAAGAAGAAAGGGGAAGCAUUCAAGCAUUGGAUUGCUGUCGAAUGGGACAAGAUUGAGAACAAGGGCAAGAAGGGCGACCGUUCCAGUGGAGAGAGCGUCCUGUCACCCAUACCCCAAGCCAUCAGUGCCAAAGCAGCAUGCCGCCUAGGUAUCUCUUCUUCUGCUGCCACUUCCCCUAUUUCGCGAUCGCCCCGGCAUUCAGUAAUUCCUCCACCCUCCCGUCCCGCACAAUCUCCCGGGCUGGUCCUGUGGCCUAAUACGCUGAUUGAACUGGGGUCUUUCGAGCUUGAGAUGCACGCUUGCAAGCACAUGCAGAGUUUGCUCGGGUGCAAAGCCGCGCUGCAUGAGUACGCGCAGGAUUUUUUCCGUGACGCCGACGGAAAUUCUCUUUUGGAUGACGCAGUAUUCGAUGAUCUCAUUUGGGACUAUGAGUGCUUCCGCCGCAAGCGUUUCAACUGGCCAGAGUCAGCGACUACUGAAACGGAAAAUUCCGCUCAUGAUGAGACCUCCGUCACUCCCAAUCACAGACUUUCAGCCGACAUAACUAUGCGUGCACGUCCUCGAGGAGGCUCAGACGCCAGUAUGAAGCAACCCGAGUCAUCGCGCUAUUUGAAAGACGAGCUCACCUUUGUGCGCUCCAUCUACGUGUACACUGCCAGCAAGAUCGCCGCCGACGAUAUUAUUUUAUCGUAAGAACACCAUGUACCAAACUUCAUUUUCGCAUUACCUGUAUACCCUUCGCAACUUUAUCCGACGCUCUCGAUCCGGAUCCCAAUAGUCCUUCGUUUUGCUUUCCUCUUCCGCUCUGCUAUUGAUUAUUGCUAUUUGCCAUAUCACUGUUGUCACACCCACAUCCUGCAUUCUCUGUUGUACUUUCACCCU